UACAUUUCAGAUUGAGAUUUCACAGCGCAAGGUCUUGAGGAGCCUCGCCAUCAACCGACACACUUUCGGAGCUCAGCGUUUAUGAUUAGCUCCGCUCUAAGAGACUAUUAUCACGACCCUAUUCUAUUAAUGCCGGUUUCUUGAAUAUUUAAUGGAAAAUGGCGAUCUGCGCUCAGUCCUACGGUAUAUUCUGUCUGUUCUCAAUCCAAACUAUCCUCAUCAUUAGCUUAUCUUCGCCGGCAACGGGGAGCCUCCGCUUCCCCCAACACUACACAAUGAUGCAUUGGGCAGGCCGCAUUGAGAAGGAGCUGGAGAAGACUAUACAGUUGGUCACUGGAACCCAGCAGAUAAGAGGGAUUUACAAUGAGAAGAAGAGUCAGUUUGACAUCAAGAGGAACAAUCCCAAGGACCUGGUGGAGAGGGUGGCACGAGACAUCGCCAAGCUGCUCACUAGCAAGAGGAGAGCCCUGGAGAGGCUGGCCAGGGAGGCGGAGCAGCUGCAGACAGAUUUUCCCUGGCUGGACAGUAUCAAGGAGAGCGACAUGGAGUACUAUGAUUCGAAAGCGGAAUCAGACUAUACGGAGGACGGAGAUGGGGAAGAGAACCUGAUGGAGAACCCCUACUCCAUGAAGCUGGAGUUUGUGGACGAUCCCAACUUUAAAAACAAGGUCAACUACUCCUACAGCGCCGUCCAGAUCCCAACAGACAUCUAUAAGGGCUCACCAGUCAUCCUGAAUGAACUGAACUGGACCCAGGCUCUGGAGAGGGUUUUCAUUGAUAACCGCCGGGAGGACAGCUCUCUGCGCUGGCAGGUGUUCGGCAGCGCCACGGGGGUCACAAGAUAUUACCCAGCCACUCCAUGGAGAGCACCCAAUAAGAUUGACCUGUAUGACGUCCGCAGGCGGCCAUGGUACAUCCAAGGGGCAUCAUCUCCCAAGGACAUGAUCAUCAUCGUGGACGUGAGUGGCAGUGUCAGUGGACUCACUCUGAAACUGAUGAAGACGUCGGUCAUGGAGAUGCUUGACACUCUGUCAGAUGACGACUAUGUGAAUGUAGCCAGGUUUAACGAGAAGGCUGAUGCUGUCGUCCCCUGUUUUAAGACCUUGGUCCAGGCCAACAUGAGAAACAAGAAGAUCUUCAAGGAGUCUAUCAUGCACAUGCAAGCCAAAGGAACCACUGACUACAAGUCUGGCUUCCAGUUCGCCUUCGAACAGCUACUCAAUGAUACUGGCGCCCCAAGGGCGGGCUGCAAUAAGAUGAUAAUGAUGUUUACAGAUGGAGGAGAGGAUCGUGCACAGGACAUCUUUGAGAAGUACAACUGGCCCAACAAAACAAUUCGAGUAUUUACCUUUUCAGUUGGACAGCACAACUAUGAUGUCACCCCCUUGCAGUGGAUAGCUUGUGCCAACAAAGGAUUCUACUAUGAGAUUCCAUCCAUUGGAGCCAUCAGAAUUAACACCCAGGAGUACCUGGAUGUGCUGGGUCGGCCCAUGGUGCUGGCUGGGCCCAAGGCCAAGCAGGUCCAAUGGACCAAUGUCUACCAGGAUGCUCUGGGUCUGGGUCUGGUCAUAACUGGGACCAUGCCAGUCUUCAACCUCACCGCUGAUGCAAAUUCUCAGACGCAGCUUGUCCUUGGUGUCAUGGGGGUGGAUGUUGCAAUCAACGAAAUUAAGAGGAAGACACCAACAUACAGGCUUGGAGCCAAUGGAUACACCUUUGCGAUCGACCAAAAUGGCUAUUUGCUCCUGCACCCCAACCUGCAACCUAAGAUCAUUAACUUCAGAGAACCUGUCACCCUGGACUUCCUGGAUGCUGAGCUAGAGGACAGUAAAAAGGAGGAGAUCCGUCGAGAAAUGAUUGAUGGCAAAUCAGGGCAAAAGAAAAUCAAGACUCUCAUUAAGUCAGUUGAUGAGAGGUACAUUGAUGAGGCCAUGCGGACAUAUACCUGGACACCAGUGGAGGGCACAGAUUACAGUCUAGGGCUGGUACUGCCCACAUACAGUGAGAACCACAUCAAGGCUAACCUGAGUGACCAGAUCCUGCAGGUGCAGUAUAAUCUUCCCCUUUCUGUUGCAGAUUUUGAAUCUCUGCUGCCAAACAGUUUUGAGUCUGAAGGACAUGUAUUCAUAGCUCCCAGGGAAUACUGCAACGAGCUAGAGCUCUCCAACAACAACACUGAGUUCCUGCUCAACUUCAUCGCUCUCAUGGAGAAGGUGACACCUGACUCCAAACAAUGUGACAACCUGCUCCUUCAUAACCUCAUCCUCGACACUGGCAUCAUCAGACAGCUGGUGGAGAAGGUGUGGAAGACCAAAGACCUCACCACCUAUGGCUUUCUGGCAGUGUUUGCUGCAACAGACGGAGGGAUUACAAGAGUGUUUCCCAACAAGGCUGCUGAGACCUGGGAAGAGGACCCUGAGCCUUUUAAUGCCAGCUAUUACCGCCGCAGUCUGGACAACAAGGGCUACAUCUUCAGAGCGCCUUAUCGCACCGUGAAUGAUGAGCUGCUGAACCCAGAGAACGAUACCAUAGGAAUCCUGGUCAGCACUGCAGUGGAGAUCACAGUGGGAGGGAAAACCAUCAAACCUGCAGUGGUUGGCGUAAAGCUGGACCUUGAGGCCUGGGUGGACAAAUUCAAGAUCCUGGCUAGCAACCAAACAAGUCCAACAAGUGACAACCGCCAAGUCCAACAAGCGUGUGGACCAACCAGUGGCUGUGAGAUGGACUGUGAAGCCAACAGCGAAGACCUUCUUUGUUACCUGGUGGAUGACGGUGGUUUCCUGAUCAUGUCCAAUCAGAAGGAUCACUGGAACAAGAUUGGCAUGUUCUUCAGUGAGGUGGACCCCUACCUGAUGCAUGCUCUCUACAACAACUCCUUUUACAACCGGAAGCAGUCCUUUGACUACCAGUCUGUGUGUGACCCCGUGCCAAGCAGCAACACCGGGGCUGCACCAAGAGGAGUCUUUGUGCCCACCAUUGCAGACUUUGUGAACCUGGCCUGGUGGUCAUCAGCAGCUGCCUGGUCCCUAUUUCAGCAGCUGCUCUAUGGAAUGGCCUACCACAGUUGGUUUGUCACAGAUGAGGUGGAGGCAGAGGGGAUGGACUCCAGAGAGACCAGCUGUGUGACGAUACAGACUCAGUUCUACUUCACUAACAUCAACAGCUCCUAUGACAUCCUGCAAGACUGUGGCAACUGUUCCAGGCUGAUCCAUGCCAAGAGGUUAAACAACACCAACCUGCUGUUUGUGGUGGCAGAGAAGAUGCCCUGCAACACCUGUGAGGUGGAGAAACUCUCCCAGGCGGAGACAGAAUUCAAGGAGGAUAACCCAUCAUGUGAGGACAUGAGUGCAGCGAGGUAUCGAAAAGGGCCCGCUGUGUGCUACGACUACAAUCUUUCUGAGAACACAUCAGACUGUGGGCGGGGCCACUCCUUCCACCCCUCACUCCAGACCCUGCUCAUGAUUCAGCUCUUCCUCCUCUAUCCAAUCGCCAGCCCUCAUAUUCUGUCCCUUUUACUUUAAUUUUCCUCCAGUCUGCUCUCCCCAGCUCUUUGUCCAUCCUAAAGCUCCCACCCUCUCCCCUCUAUGCUCCGCCCCUGCUCUAGUCAUAGGUUAUAAUGGGACUUCCUGUCACUGCAACUUGGAAGCCUUGAGUACCGCGCUACUGUACCCAGCUAGCUUCAAUUGUUGUUGCUUAGUGACAGUUGCAGGACCUUUAUGUUCUCAGCGAGUUGCAUACCUUCAUCCAUGGGAAGAGAUUCAAACGGUUGGUGUUCCAACCACCACAAUUAUCAGAGGCUAUGUCAGAAAAGAAAAAAGACCCCAUCCCCACCCGCAUCAACAAGACGAGUGACAAGUGAAAAGACAAGUUGGAUGCCAUGUCACAGAGCUCCAACCGUCAUGGACACAGCAGAGUUUAGGUUGUCUGUUUGUGCCUCUGUUAGUCAGAUGGGAUGAAGAGACAUGGCCUCCAUCUCGCUCACUCAUCUCUGACCUGAUCAGUUUCAUCGCUCUGUCAUGUGUCUCUCAUAAUGGGCUGCUGUACGGAUCAUUCAGACAUCCUUAGCUACUGUAACAAGAAAAUUAAGGAAAAAAAGAACUUAAGUAUACAAAAACAUACAAUUAUAAACUGUUGAAGUGUUGAGUAUUCAAAGCACAUGUUAGGGUAUCAUUUGCAAUGAAAGUUGUUACAUUAAUUUAUUUAUGCACUAUAUCUACUUCUUGCCAAAAUGAGAGACUUUGAUGUGGUCUUGUUUUUAUAACCAAGUGAAAGGAAAAAGAGAAAUCCAGAAAGGAAAACUAGAGAAAUAGUGUUAGGAAUAUCUGAGUUGGCUGAAUUCAAAUUCUUCUUGUACACCUCUACUGUUCUCCACUUGAAGUUAGAACUGUUUCUGCCCCUGGAAGCACAGUGUUAUAUUUAUAAUCAUGGUAACAUGGAACUAUUCUAUGAAAUAGUUGUCACGUUGUAUAAAAUGGAGACAGGCGCAGGAAUAAAUAAUAGGGGGUUUUAAUACUCCACCCAAAAAUACAACACGCCAUGAAAGACACGGGGAUAAAGCCCAAAACAAACAUGUAUACAAAAACACAGGGAUGUAACCCAAACAAAAGAGCGAGGUUAAACCUCUAAUAAAUACACGGGACGAGACCCGCAAUACACUACACAGGACGAAACCCGUAAUAACAAAUGCACAACAAUACACGGGACCCGUAAAUAACGAGUACACAAUACACGCAGAAAGCCGAAACAACAAGGCACAGGAACUCACAAGACCAACAGACAUGGGAACAAUAACCGACAAGACAUUGGUGAACAGAGGGCACAUAUAUACAAUUACUAAUCAGGAGAAUGGGAAUCAGGUGUGCAUAAUGAGACCGUUCAGUGGCACCUAGAAGCCUGUGACGUAGACCUCCGGAACUGGUGCACGGAAUGAGCAGCAGUACCGGGGGAAUCCGUGACACAUUUGAUUAUCAUAGUUGACUGAUGUUAGUUAAUGAAUUGGUAAUUAUGUGUCCAUCAUCAUAGAUGACUGAUGUUAGUUAAUGAAUUGGUAAUUAUGUUUCCAAAUCGGACAAAGCAAAUUAUAACUUUUCCCUUGCAAAAAUAAUUCAAAUAUUAGGCUACACCAAUGUAUUAUGAAUCAGUAUUAAGCCUCUGAAAAGUCUGAACGUUUGGGCUUCAUUGCUGUAUGUGGUGUGUACUUUCCCACUCUCCACAGACUAAUUGAAUCGUUGUUUCCACGUCAUUUCAACAAAAUGACAUUGAACCAACGUGGCAUAGACAUUGAAUUGACAAUUGUGCUCAGUGGGAUCCUUUCUGAUCAGUGGACAUUCUGACUGAACUCUACUCCUAACCCAGUGAAAGCUAACCCCUCUGCCAAUCCUCAUACAGCCACUCCACCAGGUCCACUAAUGUUCCUAGGACUAUAUUUGUAUGUGUGUAAUAUCUGUUGUCACCACAGCAGAGCAGAUAUACUAAUAUCUAUUCAGACUGGCCCAUAAGUAUCUCGUUUUAGUUGCAGGUAGGUUUUGGCAGAACUUAGCUUGUAUUACCUUUGACAGACGCUGUGUAACUUCAGACCAUUUGCUGCUGGGGGAUUGGGGUUUAACAUUUCCCACAUAAAGGAAUGCAGCCGAGGCCACUACAACUUACUGUACGGUGAUAACUGACCUGCAGUCUGGGUUUUCUGUUACAUGUCAUUCUGAUCCAUUUGAAGUGAAAUGUCAUUAGACUCCAUGUUUUGUUGUCAUAGUGCCUUGAUGCACUUUGUUUUGGAAAGCAUUGUCUCUUGAGCUACUGUACAGUACCUUUAUAGAAGAGGCACCCUAAUGGCUGUGGAGCUACAGGAUCUUUAUAGAGCAAGUCUGUUGGCUAUAUAUCUAUGGUAGCUUUAUAGAGACACCAUAUUGACUAGACGUUAUUGUAGCUCAAUGUUGACUUUCGAUUGGCUGUGGCUCCUGGCUGCUGUACCAUUCCAGGGCUACCUGAUUGCUACCAGAUAGGGUCGCUGUACAGUACCUUUACAGAGCCAUCUAUAGAGCUAAACUAUCAGUAUAAAUCGACUUAACUGGUCAUAGAUCUACCUUUAUAGGGUCACCUGACCGCUAUCAUUGCGUUUCUGUCUGAACCGUAUGUGCGUUUGUGUUUGUGUAUGGGUGUAUGUUUGUUUUAACCCUCAGAGGGAAUGUCUUUAAAACUGGGUUGAGAGGAUGGGGAAUGACAGUUGUGGUAGCGUAGCUGUUUGUUGUUCCAAUUCCAAUGGAAGAAGUGUUAUAUCAGAUGUUGUUAUGGAGGGGGAAAAAAUAUUUUACAAAAAAAAAAAAAGAAUCCAAUCGAUUUUUUUCUCACCGGUUUGCUCAAUAUAUUGUCAUGAGGGAGCUGCAUACUGUAUGUGACCCCUGUAUUCACAGAGGUGUUCAAAAAUAAUGUUUAAUAUGUCCGUGUGUUUCUGUUUCAAAGGAUACAUAGUGACUAAGCCUCUCUAAAUGCCUUAGUGUUUCAGUGUUCUCCCUCUUAUACACACGCGCGUACACACACACACCGUGAGCCUCCCAAAUUUUCACUUUCUCCACAGACUUUCCCAAUCCAGAAUGUUGCACUCUGGAUUUAAAGAGGUUUAGGUUUUGAUGUGUCCGUCCGUCAAUAUAAAAUGGUGUGAGUUUCUUGUACACAUUGCUGCUUGGACUGGAGGACUUUCAUAGUUUACAUUGACUCUGAAUCUGUAUUGACUCUGAAAUCCCUCCACCCCACCUCACUGUUAACGUAACAUCUAAACCCCAAAACCUCCUUUACUGUAACCAUAAAUACACGCAUAAUGUACAGUGAACAAUAUCAUUUUUGGCAAGACAAACUGUUUCGUAACAGCAUAUUUAGAUUUUUUAUUUUAAAUAGGCAAGUCAGUUAAGAACAAAUUCUUAUUUACAAUGACAGCCUACCCCAGCCCAACCCUGACGAUGCUGGGCCAAUUGUGCACUGCGCUAUGGGACUCCCGAUCACAGCCGAUUGUGAUACAGCCCAGGAUUGAACCCAGGUCUGUAGUGACGCCUCUAGCACUGGAAUGCAGUGCCUUAGACCGCUGCCCCACCCAGGAUCCCCAUCUCAGUGAAAGACUGGACCAAAUAGAAACUCAGAAUCUGACUUUUGCAAUUGUCUCCUUUCAAUGUUAGGGUCCACCAUUUUUGAAAUUCCUCGUAUAGAUAGUCCUGUUGCAUUUUAUUGUUUUAUUAUAUCACAGCAUUUGUUUGUCCCUCUGUUGUCCCUCCGUCAAUGAAGGUUACAUUCGCUGUGGAAAUGUACCCCUGUGACUUUCUCUGGCUCAGCAGCAGACACAAGCACUAACAAAUGUGCACAUUCAGACAUGCAGUUACACACUUAUGCACCCACAUGCACAAAGCACACACAUGUAACACUAACAGUUAUACCUACACAUGCACAGCUGGGGGAUGUUCAGCUCUAGACUGAAGUAAGCCAGGGAUGUCUAUUCCCUGUGUGGGAUGUCAGAGGCUGGCUCAGGGUGUGGGUCUCCAUAGAACAGCAUGGGACCGUGUCAAACAAAAGGUAAAAUAAUCAUGAUUUGUAUGUCUGUGUGUCUGUGUGCUGAGGGACACAGGUCGGUUUUCUGUGGUUUGAAUUUUUUUAUUUUUGCUCUAAAAAAAAAGAAGGGGGAAAAGGGCAAGUUUGGGGUGAGAGGACCUGGUCUGGUUUACAGCCAGCCCUAAAGGGAGGGUCUCCACGUGGCCCUGCCCCUGCCUACCCUUGCGGUGUCUGUGCGUCUCUGUGGGAAAGACACGUGUGUAUGUGAUUCUGUAGUCUGUAGUCUGGUGCUAUGUGACCAUGUUUGACAAAUGUGUUUAAAAAAAAAACAGUAACAAAAAAUUAAUAAAUUCAGUCAAAUUCUAAGUGAAGUAAAAAAAAAAGGAAUAAAGUAAAGAUAAGUUUGAGAUCUAAACUGUUUUUAUUUUUAUUUAUUUUCUGUGGGUGUCUGAGUGUGUAUGUGUGUGCGCGGAAGAUUUAGCUCCCUCUCGCUGGGCAUUGGUCCAUGUCGCUCCAUUCUUUUGUACUGAUAAAGCAAAAAAAAAAAGAAGAGGGUAAAAUUUGUAAAAUAUUGUGUCUGUGACUCCUUGUAAAAUAUUUUCAAAUUGUUUAUUACAGAGAAUCAGUUAUUAAAUAAUGUUCAUAUUUUUCACUUCA